CUCUCGAUCAGUAAACAGUCUCUCUCUCUCUCUCUCAGUCACACCGGGGCUGGAGCAGCAGUUAACCCGAGCAGGGUGCGCCUCAGUCCCGCCUGACCCUCCUGAAAGGAUGGGGGGUUCCAGCAGAAGCAGCAGCAGCAGCAGCAGAAGUUGAGCUCGCAGACACCGGAUCCGGGUUCGGGUUCGGGACAGGGAGAGAACAACUACUCUGUGCUGACUUUGUUUGGAUUUAUUUUCUGGACCCGGACCACACCAACACCAACAUGCCGUUCGCCAAACGCGUCGUGGAGCCUCAGUUUCUGUGCCGACACCACAUACCGAACUCGGACGGUCUGCUGUUCGAGGACCUGGUGUGUACCAGUCAUGUGUCUCUGUCCCGGACUCUGCGCCAGCUGUCGGACUUGGCCAAACACGCGUGCUCCAUAUUCCAGGAGCUGGAGGGCGACCUCGCCUCCACCAGUCUGCGGGUCCGCGGGCUGCAGAGGAAGAUCGGCCGGCUCCAGGAGACCUGCUCCGGACUGGACCCUAAACAGGAGCCAGUGCCGGUGUCAAACCUGGACGUGGAGAGUAAACUGACGACACAUCACCGAGCGCCGUGGCAACAGCAGAGGAACGUCCUCCACCCGUCCACCAGACCAGCAUGUGUGGACGAGCUCCACGGACGAGCCGAGCUCAACCUGUGGAUGCUGCACCGAGAUCAACAGAGAGGACGAUCGGGCAGCAGCGAGCACAGAGUGACCAUCUCCAUCUCAGCCGUGCCGCCGAUGCCCCUGUACCCUUCUCCUCACCUCAGAGCCACGGGUUUAACCACGUUUGAAUCCACACGCUCCUCCUCCCCCACCGAAUGUUGUCGCUUAUCUCCCUGGAGCAGAAAGGCCACGCCCUCUGACCCCGACACUGACGGGGUGACUCUAGGUCACCGGUCUAAGUUUCCCAUCCCUAACGCCCCGUCCACGCUGGACAAGCAGACUAACUGGUCCAAAGCUCUGCCGCUGCCGACGCCUGAGGAGAGAAUGAAGAGCGAGUCUCAGGUCAUCGGCUCGUGUGUCGUCCCCAUUAAUGUCACCGGCGUCGUCUUCGACAGAGAUGCCAGUGUCCGCUGUUCACUCGUUCACUCUCAGUCUUUGCUUCAGAGGAGGAGGAAGCUGAGGAGACGCAGGACGGUCGCCGGUGUCCCCCGACAGCUGCAGCACGAUCUGGACUCUGACGAGUCUCCAGGGUCCAGAGAGCGGACAGUGAUCGUCCACUCCAGUCCAGACAUCACGCCAUCUAACGAGGAGCUGGACUGUCACCUCAGCACCAGAGACUCGGGCUGCCAGACCGAGGACUUCCUGAUCUCAGGGGCGCCGUCUCGCAGGAGGAUCAGGACUCAGAGGGUCCAGGGAGGCGUCUCCCUCUCUCGCUCUGCAGGAAACAUCUCGUCUCUGACGGAGCGCACCGACGCCAUGUUCACCGCCUCUCUGGAGGCACAGCUACGCUCCAGGAGUCUGCCCCGAGACGCCAGCAGGAUCCUGGACAGUGGACGCAACGACAGCGAGGAGGAGGAGGAGGAGGAGGAGGAGGACUUCCUGCCCGCUCCGGGGACGUUACUUCUGAAGGACGAGGAGGAGGAGAGCAUGGACGAGCAGGCCAGUGGUCUGACGUAUCAGCACCUGUCUGACAGUCCGGAGCACAUCUGGAUGGAGCGGACGUGCGAGAUCUCGUCCAGCUCCGACACCUUCAGCAGCCCCGUCCACUCCGUCUCAGCCGCCGCGGCGCUGACCGGACACAUGGACCACAAGGACGACCAUCAGUCCUCCAGCGGGAACUGGAGCGGGAGCAGCUCCACCUGCCCCUCCCAGACGUCAGAGACCCUCCCCCCCGCCGCGUCUCCACCCCUCACCGGCUCCUCCCACUGCGACUCGGAGCUCUCCCUGAACGCCGCCACCCACAACAACGACGACCCCGCCGGCUUCGUACUGGACCACUACCAGGGCCUGAGGACCCAGCGGACCGGUUCCUUCUCCUCCACAGCCAUGGACAUCUUAGAGGAAGCAGGAGUGAGCCCUCCACUGGAGCAGGAGUGGAACUACACCCGCGCCGAGCCGCCGCGCUCGCAGGACUUCAGCCCCGAGCCGAGCCUGGGCUGCCCGAGCUUCACCAGCAUGGUCACGUGUGAGAGCAGCUUCUCCGACAAGCCGCCGUCAGAGAAGGCAGACACGGUGUCGCAUUACUCUGUGGACACCGAGGGCUACUACACGUCCAUGCACUUCGACUGCGGCCUGAAAGAAAGCAGGAGCUUCACGUAUAAUAACAAUCAUAACUACAGCCUGUCGGACCUGAGCGGUCACAUGACUCUGACCAGACGCUGUCUUUCUUUGAGGAAACCGAAGGCCAAGCCGUCACCGCCGAAGAGGAGCUCAUCGCUGAGGAAAAUAUGCAGCGAGGAAAACUUCCCCGACCACGAGGAGCCAAAGAUCUCAUGCGGGCAACAACUCCCGUCCUCGUCCACAGAGAGGAGGCUGCAGCUGGUUUUACCCGGCGCUGCGGGUCACAUGGAGAACUCCUCCCUCUCCUCAGAGCCAUUCGUGGUGUGGGGGGUGGAGGACCAGCCGGACUUUGGUGCUUUCCGCUCCACAGACGCUCAUUCCUUUAAGGACGAGGGCGUGGUCCAGUCGGACUACGCGGAUCUGUGGCUGCUGAGCGACUUCAAGUCCAGCGAUCCUUACCGGUCUCUGUCCAACUCCAGCACGGCCACGGGGACGACGGUCGUCGAGUGCGUCAGGUCGCAGGAGAGCUCCGAGUCGCAGUCCGGCUCCAGAGCCACCACUCCCUCACUCCCAUCAGUGGAGGGCGAGUUCAGGCUGACAUCACCGGAGAAGCUGGGUGGCCUCGCCAGCCCGUCCAGCGGCUACUCCAGUCAGUCAGAAACCCCCACCUCCUCCUCCUUCCCCUCCGCCUUCUUCCCCGGCCCGCUGUCGCCAACCGGCCACAAGAGGAAGCCCAAAGUCCCCGAGAGGAAGUCGUCUCUCUCCUCCCUGUCGCUGCACCGGGACGCCGCCGCGCCGACGAAGAGGAACCUGGAGCUGCCCAUGAUCCCGCCCUCCCACCUCGACCUCAGCGUCCUUCACUGCGUCAACAAGGUCUCAGAUUACAGGACUCAGAUCCAGAUCCUCCAGCAAAACAAACAGAAACCUGCAGUAACAGCCAAACCUGAGGCGUUUAGCCCCGCCCACACCAUGACCAUCACGCCCACAGUGCUUCACUCAGUCCAGCUACGGUCCAUCGAGGACAAAACUCCAAAAUGUCCCACGUCACAUCUGCAUCACACGUCGUCAGAGGAGGCGUUUAUGUCGCCGCCAGAAGACGACGCAGCGAGACACCAACAGGACGGAGACGACGGCGUCUUAGAGAGCGCCGCCGCGGUGCACGAGCUGCGGUCAGAACCGCUGGAUGUUUGUGACGUGACCACAGGUCAGGAAGAAGACGUGUGCAGAGAGACGAGGACAGAGACGUGUGAAGACCACGUGUGUUUGUCUUCGGCCGCUCUGCUCAGCUCUGUGAGGAGAUCGGACAGCGUGGACAGCCCAUUACAGGAGACGCACGUGAGCGCCAGGUGUUUCCAUGACGACGGCGACAACAGAGACGACGAAUGCGAGUCGUCGGGUGUCUCUGCUCAAACUUCCUUGAAGGACGAGAAGGACGAGUCCAUGCCGGGGACAGAAGAUGAUUUCACUCAAGAGUCCACUCCCAGUGAAACCGACUCCAGGUCGGAGGACGACGGCGUGUUUGUGUCGCCCACCAGAAGUCGCACCACGGAGGAUCUGUUCGCGAUGAUUCACAGGUCCAAGCGGAAAGUGUUGGGUCGCAAAGACUCGGGCGAGGUUGCCGCGAGGAACCGCCUCAACGCUGCGUCAGCGAGCACGCCCCCCGGUGGCAGCACCUGCGCCCCGAGCUCCCCGCUCUCCGCGGCGUUGCCUGCCUCCUCCGCCGCGACGCCGCCGGGCCUUCAGCGGGUUUCCGGACCGAUCUACAGGAACGCCAAGAAGUCCAGCACGUCCAACGAGGAGUUCAAACUGCUGCUGCUGCGGAAAGGCAGCCGCUCCGACUCCAGCUACCGCAUGUCAGCGACCGAGAUCCUCAAGAGUCCGGUGACACCCAAGUCCCACGCAGAUUCUCUGAUCGAGUCGCCACGGCAACCCGACGAUGGCGACGCCGACGCCGCCUCGCCGUCGCCAUCGCCGCUGAGCUCAGAUCAGCUGUUCUUCCCCAGAGCCAACGCUGAAGGUUUCUCCCCGAAAUCCUUCCCCGUGUGCGCCGCGUCACGUCAGGGUCGCUCCAGAAUCCCACCGCCCGCCAACAGCAGCCGCUAUGGCGCCCGCUCCAGACUUUACUCCGCCCCCAUGCAGGCGAUUUCAGAGGGCGAGACUGAAAACUCAGACGGGAGUCCUCACGACGAGCGACCGGCACAGGGGUCCACGUAGAAAACUACAAGAGUUGGUAUGAAAUGGUGUUUUUUUAGUUUAUGGACGUUUGAAUAUUUAUGAAAGAAAAGUUUGUUUUUCUGUGAAUAAUUAAAAUAUUUUAUAUAUAAAUAUUAUUUCUUGAAAAACCACUUCAUUGAGGAAAUAAGUAGAUUAACGAAUAAUCUGCUCACCAUGUCUUUUUUUAUCGUGGAGAUUUUUCAUUGUUUCAUUCAAACAGCAACAAACGUUUUGACGCAAAGUCACCAUAGAAGGAGAGGGCGGGGCUAAAAGUGAGCGAGGACGUGAGUUUACGUGGAGUAAACGCAGUGCGAUAAAUCGUGUGAAUGCACCACAACUGUUUUAUUGAUCGUCUGUGUUUUAUUUU